CCACGGCCAUUGUGUAAAAAGUAAGCGCGGCGGGUAGUGCAAGCCGAGGACGGAGGACGGACGCUGUUUGGUUUUCAUUUCCCCAAAAAUACAGAAUAUAUAUAUAUAGAUAUAUAUAUAUAUAUAUACGCAUACACACAUUACAUACAGAUAUAUAUAUAUAUGUAUAUAUUUAAAAAAUAAUAAUACAACGGGUAUAUAUUAAAGUAUAGAGACGUAUAUGCAACAGUUUUCAUUUUUCAAUGAGAGGAAACAAUAUUUUUGAUUGGUCUUUCUAACCCCUCUUUGAUAUCGCCUCGACACAUUCGCCGCUCAGCCUCCUCGUCAUCAUCGUCAUCAUCAUCAUCCCCUCAUGUUGUGAUAUUAGAUUGUGCCAAGCCGACAAAGGAGGAAAAGAGAGAUAUAAACGACGGAUCGGAAUACACAAAAUUCAUUCAACGCCAUGGAAGACGACCAACAGUUCUGCCUUAGAUGGAACAACCACCAAAGCACAUUAAUACAGAACUUCGAUACGCUUUUGGAAAGCGGCACAUUAGUCGACUGCACUUUGGCGGCGGAGGGGAAAUAUUUAAAGGCCCACAAAGUAGUCCUCUCCGCGUGCAGUCCGUACUUUGAGGGCCUCCUCAGCGAACACUAUGACAAACAUCCAGUUUUCAUACUCAAAGAUGUCAAAUUUAAAGAGCUCAAAGCCAUGAUGGACUACAUGUACAGGGGGGAAGUGAACAUCUCCCAAGACCAAUUGGCGGCGCUUUUAAAAGCUGCGGAGUCUCUUCAAAUAAAAGGACUUUCGGAAAGUAAAGGCGGUGGAGGGGGGGGUGGUGGUGGAGGCAGCUGUAACAGUAAAACAGAACAGAGGCAACAGAAAAUAGUAUCGUCACAAUCCACAGCACAGUCGUUAGACAUUCCACAUACGUCUUCCGGUCUCACUAUUGAAAAGAACAGUAAAGUUCCUAGGCAGAGUCUUUCGCAGACGUCCGUCGAUAUACCAGAAGAUUCUGCCAGCCCACAAAUCUCUAGAGGGCUGUCCUCCAGGGAAGGCUCCCUUAGCCCGACGUCGUUAAGAAAAAGAAAAAAGCUUAGAAGAAGAAGUAUCGGCGACGAUAACUCGGUUGAAAAUCAUGAAGCAUCUAAUUCCAGUGACGUCUCUCAUUCUAUGGGUGUUCCAGCGCUCGGUAUAGCGCCGGUUGCAGAUGAGAAAGUUCACGCUGACCCUACAGACUCUCUCGGAAGGUCGGCUCUCAUGCAGCAGCUGACCAAACCUGCGGAUGAGAUGCUCCAGAUGCCAAUUGAGAAACCUGAGCCGAAUGACAACUUAAUAGAGCCAAAGUCAGAGUACCUGGAGGACCCGGAAGAGAGCGUUGAAGAUUUAACGCUCGAUGACGAUAUGAAUGACCUCAAUGAAAUGGAACAAGAUAACCCUAGAGCCGGCCCAUCCCACGAUCCUAGCCAACACCCUGGUCUUGCUUCGUGGCAUGUUACUGGUGACCGAAGUAAUGCGGGGGGUGUCGUAGGGGCGGUUGGUGGCACCCCCGGCACUACAGAUGAGGUCUUUCUUGCAGCCCAGGAGGCCGCCCAGGCCCAUCGAGACUCACAAGAUUUCAACUCCGGGGAUGAAACGGCAGACCUACCAAUGCAAUCGUGGAAAGCGUGGUGGCAGAAUUGCAGUAGCGCGGGUCAAGUAGCAAAUACGACCGAACUGAAGAUACCAAAAGCAACGUUUGGCGCCAAGAAGCCAAUGGGACAAUUUGCAUGCUCAAAGUGUGGCAGAUGCUACAUGCGAAAAGACUCCCUGCAACGCCACGUUCAGUGGGAGUGUGGAAAAGAGCCACAAUUUCAAUGCCCCUUCUGUUCACAGCGGUGUAAGCGUAAAGCUCACUGGCUGCGACACAUACGAAGGCAGCAUAUGGACAAAAUUGGUGACAUGGAGGAGUAUCUGAUGGCCUAUACUGUGCCUAAAGUUGAAAUUGACUGAACCCGAAACUAAUUUUUAUAAGUAACUUAAACAAAGAGAUAUGCAGGAGUAGGCGCUGUUGACUUUUUGGCGAGCAAUGGCGUCGUUGAACGAAACAUGAAUAUCGCUACUUAAUAAUACCCCCGUGCUUCAAUUAGUUUUAAUUGUUAACCCCGUGAUCUGUCUCAUUAGCUAAUACUGAUCUUAGUAUUAUAAUGCAGACAGUCGGUCUGCAUCGUGAAUUUUAUACGAACUGUAAAAGUAUCGUCUAUAUUAUAAUUAUCGAGGGGUGAUCUCUGAAAUUUUGAUCUCUCAAUCGACUAUUAUUAAUUUUAGAUAGGAAAAUGAAAUGGAAUCAACAAACUUCGUGUUUAUCUGACCAAAACCAAUACUAUUUAAUGUGUUAUACUCUUUAAUGUAAGUGCCUUAUUGCGAUUUCAUAUGUUAGAGCUAAUUUUCACGAACGUACGUUAGUGAAUGGUGAGAAAAAAAAAAUUUGAAAGAAAAUCUAUUUUUCUAUCCCUUUACUACCUAAUUGAUAAGAUUAUCGUUUCCAUUAGUAAAUUACGCAAUUACCAGUGCUGUGCAAUUAAUCGAUUAAUCAGCAGCUUCGGUUAAUCGUUUUUCUCGAUUAACCGAUUAAUCGUUUUUCUCGAUUAACCGAUUAAUCGAGUCUUGAAUAAUCGUUUUUCCGAUUCAUUGAUUAGUCGAAGUUGCCUCAUUAUAAUUCGUCUGGUCAAUCGGUAUAUGAAUCGAAACUCCUGUAUAUAGAUUCUGUAUACCUACAUAUGUAAGUCACUACUCAGAUUCUGUAUACGUCGCUCAGAGACGAGUCUAGUUCAAACAUGGUAAAUGAGUUGCAAGCCAUAUACCGAUUGACCUGUAGAAUUAUUAUGAGGCAACUUAGGUCCAUCGAUUAAUCACACAGUACUAAUAAUUACCCGUUUAUAAAAUAUUUAGUAUUUAAGAACCGAAUGAUACCAAAUUGGUAAGAGACAAACAUGCCAAGGUAACAAAAGUAACGAUCAUUCUGUUUUUUGCUGUUUUUUUAUUUCUUUUUGUUCUUAAUCGUAAAAAUCGUGCUUUCUCCAACGGGUGUGCUAACAGUGAUCAUCUGUAAUUUGUUUGCUAAUUAUUGUCGGCAAAUAUUCUAUGAUCCAACUUGUGUUCUGAAUAAAAAUGUAAAUCCCCAUUUAGAAAAUAUGC